AUGCGGCUGUGCCUAGAAUCAAAUUCACGCAGUCAUUUCCCCACUGGGUCCACUGAGACAUUUCGCCAUUACAACAGGCCAUCUAGUCACGCCUUAUCAGAGGAAAUAAAAUCUGGAUCUGAACACAGAUUAACUGGAAGCUGCAACGAUUUAAAGCGCUCUCUCGUUUCGAACGGCCAGGAAAACCUUCAUCCUGAGGAAGUCGCUCUUCUACAAUAUGAUCCUCUUGAAACGGAUUGCGGCAAACGGGAAGAUCGUACUUUAUUUCAGCUUUCUGAUCAUAUUCUUAAAUCAGAUCUAUCUGACAUUAAGCUAUACUCCGAACGAGUCAAAGAUUCCGCCGUUGUUGAAGACUCUAAAAGAAAAUGGCCAUCAUUUUUAAAUAAUUCAUCUUGCUUUCCUCAGGAAUCCAAUCUCCAAGAUGUAUGUGGCACUGUCUAA